UGCGCGCGCCUUGCCGCGGGUGAUCAGCUGGUCUGCGCUCCCCUGACGUGAGCUGGGGCACGUCACCGCCGAAUGGCAGCCUCCAGAAAGCCACCGCGAGUAAGGGCAAACCACCAAGAUUUUCAGCUGAGAAAUUUAAGAAUAAUUGAACCUAACGAGGUGACAUCCUCAGGAGACAAGAGUGUGGAAACAGACCACAGGAUGGCUCCAAAGGUGACUUCAGAGCUGCUUCGGCAGCUGCGACAAGCUAUGAGGAACUCUGAAUAUGUGGCAGAGCCGAUCCAGGCCUAUAUCAUCCCGUCAGGAGAUGCCCACCAGAGUGAGUACAUUGCACCCUGUGAUUGUCGGAGGGCUUUUGUCUCUGGGUUCGAUGGCUCUGCAGGCACAGCCAUCAUCACAGAAGAGCAUGCAGCCAUGUGGACCGAUGGGCGCUACUUUCUCCAAGCUGCCAAGCAGAUGGACAACAACUGGACCCUCAUGAAGAUGGGUCUGAAGGACACACCAACUCAGGAGGACUGGCUGGUGAGUGUGCUUCCGGAAGGAUCCAGGGUUGGUGUGGACCCUCUCAUCAUUCCCACAGAUUACUGGAAGAAGAUGGCCAAGGUACUUCGAAGUGCUGGUCACCAACUCGUGCCUGUGAAGGAGAAUCUUGUGGACAAAAUCUGGACAGACCGGCCAGAGCGUCCCUGCAAGCCCCUUCUCACACUGGGCCUGGAUUAUACAGGCAUCUCCUGGAAGGAGAAGGUUGCAGACCUUCGGAUGAAAAUGGCAGAGAGGAGCAUCGUGUGGUUUGUGGUCACUGCCCUCGAUGAAAUUGCGUGGCUGUUCAAUCUCCGAGGGUCAGAUGUGGAGCACAAUCCGGUGUUUUUCUCCUAUGCAAUCAUAGGACUAGAGACGAUCAUGCUCUUCAUCGAUGGGGACCGCAUCGACGCGCCUAGUGUGAAGCAGCACCUGCUCCUAGACUUGGGCCUGGAGGCAGAGUAUAAAAUCCAGGUGCUUCCAUAUGAGUCCAUCCUGAGCGAGCUCAAGACCCUGUGUGCUGACCUCUCCCCGAGGGAGAAGGUGUGGGCCAGCGACAAAGCUAGCUAUGCUGUGAGCGAGGCUAUCCCCAAGGAUCAUCGCUGCUGUAUGCCUUAUACACCCAUCUGCAUUGCCAAAGCCGUGAAGAACUCAGCUGAGUCGGAAGGCAUGAGGCGGGCUCAUAUUAAAGAUGCUGUUGCCCUCUGUGAGCUCUUCAGCUGGCUGGAGAAAGAGGUUCCCAAAGGUGGUGUAACAGAGAUCUCAGCUGCUGACAAAGCCGAGGAAUUUCGAAGGCAACAGGCUGACUUUGUGGACCUGAGCUUCCCAACAAUUUCCAGUACCGGACCCAACGGCGCCAUCAUUCACUACGCGCCGGUCCCCGAGACAAACAGGACCCUGUCCCUGGAUGAGGUGUACCUCAUUGACUCGGGCGCUCAGUACAAGGACGGAACCACAGAUGUCACCCGGACCAUGCACUUUGGGACCCCUACGGCCUAUGAGAAGGAAUGCUUCACAUAUGUCCUCAAAGGCCACAUAGCUGUGAGUGCAGCUGUUUUCCCAACAGGAACCAAAGGCCACCUUCUAGACUCCUUUGCACGGUCAGCUUUGUGGGAUUCUGGCCUAGAUUACCUGCAUGGAACAGGACAUGGCGUUGGGUCUUUUUUGAAUGUUCACGAGGGUCCUUGUGGCAUCAGUUAUAAAACAUUCUCUGAUGAGCCCUUGGAAGCUGGCAUGAUCGUCACUGAUGAGCCAGGGUAUUACGAAGAUGGGGCUUUUGGGAUCCGCAUUGAGAAUGUUGUUCUGGUGGUCCCUGCGAAGACCAAGUAUAACUUCAAUAACCGAGGAAGCCUCACCUUUGAACCUCUAACUUUGGUUCCCAUCCAAACCAAAAUGAUAGAUGUGGAUUCUCUUACGGAUAAAGAGGUAACAGGGAGUCAUGGGGUAGAAGUCUGGAGGAAUGGGGUAUUGCCUCAGCUGACAAGAUUUUGUGUCUUUCCUUUCAGCUUGCGACUGGCUCAACAGCUACCACCAGACCUGCAGGGAUGUGAUUGGGAAGGAACUGCAGACACAGGGCCGCCAGGAAGCUCUCGAGUGGCUCCUCAGGGAGACAGAGCCUAUCUGCAAGCAGCACUGAUACCAUCCUGCACUUGUUUUAAGGAUGCUCUGGGGAAGGAGGAAGCCCGGCAGAUCCCUGACUUCUUUCUCUUUUCUCUUCCUCCCAAUUCCCCUUUUUAAUUUUAGACACUAAGAAGAACUGAAACUCUUCUUAUCCACUUUGAUAUUUUCUUGCAAACAGUCUUUUAUGAAUUUUUAAUUGUUGAGAAUGAGCCAAGAUUAAUAGCUACACCAGAAGGAGGGUCCCCACAAAGCUGAAGACUUGACAAGGGGCGACACCCUGAGCCCUCUGCCAGUGACGAACACUGACUGCUCCAUGAUGGUCUCGUUCCAGGUGCUAGUCCAUCAGUCACGGUCACCUUGAUGCUCAUGGGACCCUCCUCCCAUCAGAGAAUAAAAACAUCAAAACUC